CUCCCCCCUUCCCUCCUUCGCUCCCCAAUGCCGAUGGCGGUGGCCCGGCGGCCCUCCGCACUGACAGCACGGCCGCGGACCAGCGCCGACGGGCUGGACUUUCCGCAGCUCUGCGAGGCCCUCGAGGCCUCCGCGCUCACCGAGCUGAAUCUCGCGGGCGCCUUCAUCGGGUCGAAGUGGCCCGCCCUCGCCAGGGUCCUCCAGGAGAGCCGGAGCGUCACGGCCUGCGACCUCUCGAGCAACGCCCUGGGCGACACCGGCGCGGAGCUCGUGGCCCGGGUGCUGGAGGCCAACCCUCUCCGCACACUGCGGCUGGGCCGGAACGGCAUCGGGCGGAGGGGCGGCCUCGCGCUGAGCGCCGCCCUGGGCCGCGACGAGCACCUCUGCCACCUCGACCUCUCCAACAACGGGUUCGGCGAGGAGCGCGGGUGCCGG